CUCGCCAUGGUGCGCCCCGACCUCAACCGCCUCCGCCUCGGCAAGCUUGGCUCCAAGAGAAUCUCCUUGCGGCUACGCGCUGCAGCCCAGCUCGCGCCAGCUGAUCUCCUAGUCUCGGUGGACUAUGACUGCUACGACCGCGGCCUAAUCGAGAUGCCAGUAUUCAAACGCGCCACCUCGAUCACUCUGUUCAUCGACAGGUUCGACAUUAGCCUACCUCCCGCUGGCAACUUCGACAAGCUCGAGCACUUUGUACUCAGAGGUUACUGCUCCGUCAACCACAGUGUCUUCCUUUCCCGUUGCCCGCGACUGCGCGAGCUCGAGAUAAUUAGUCCCGUGCAGAACAAGGAAUGCUCAUCAGAGAAUUGUUACUGCGAUCAAGCUGGCUGCUGGAGAAAUGGACAGAUCUCCUUGCCAAACCUUGAAGUGGUAGAAUUUGUAAUCUUCAGGGCUGCUGAUAAUGAAGUCGAUUUUCUGAAGUUUAUAUUCAGGUCGGCGCCAAGGCUAAAGAGAGUGACCAUUAAACAGUGUAAUGAGGUGUCACCAAGUGACAGAGGGUACCAGGAGUUCUGCAGCAUCCUUGAGGCAAAUGCUUCCAUCAAAUGCAUCUGGGUGUAACGAAUGUGUGUCAUCUUUAGGCUUAGCCUGAUCGAAACCUCAAGUUAUGCAUUGUUGUUAAACUCUUUUUCCUAUGUUAUGCUUAAGAAUAUAACCGUUUACAUGAU